UAUAUCGACAUUUGAAAUAGAAUGGUACAUGGCUGUUCAGUAUGGUAUACAAACGCUCAUGUGAUACGAAGGACUUCAAUGUCCAUUAAUGUGGCAAAAAGACACAUUUUCCAAGCCAUGGUUAUAUUCUUAAUUUUUUUCUUAUUAUGGUUAUACAACAAAUUCUCCCUAAAUUUUUAUGUAAUUAUGAUAAUUUGUUUAUGAACAUUUUCUAUUUUAAUUAUAAGAAACAAUUUUUUUUUUCUCACUGAUCUUACAAUUUAUUUUAAUUAUAUGUUUUUAUGUCUUUAGCAAAUUAGAAAAGGAAAGAACCCAUAACCAAAUCUAUAGUUAGUUAAAUUAGAUAAGUCUUUAAGAGUGCAUGUAAAUAAUUCAACAAAAGAAGAUAAAAUCCUAUUCCAAUAUGUAUAUACGACCACCUUUUUAAUACUAAAGUAAACUAGGAAACGAAUAAUUAGGCUGUAUAUAUAUAAACAACUUAGAUAGAUCGACUCUUAAAAAUCAUAACUUAAAUCUACAACAAGCUUUUUCCAACAUCAACAACAAGAAAGCCCUAAAGUCCUGAUCAAGUUUCUCUUCGACAAUGGCGAACACUUGUAGAAUCAGCUUUAUCAGCAUCAUAGUCCUCUUGCUCUUCACUAAUCACUUAGCUCUUUCUUCUUCUGCACGGCUCCGAUUUAUAGAAGGUCAAGAUCUUGUUCACGGAAAGCAAAACAAUCUUUUGAAAUUUGAUGAGAUUGAGAAAGCUGAUAAGGCACGUCUCGAUUACUUGUUUGGCAUGAUUGAUGAUGAGGCCGAGACCAAUAGCGCUGAGGAGGUUGAUUGUAGCUUGCCUCCGUGUUGCUCCAAGCCUCUAUACGUCGACUAAAACCCUUAGCCUUCCAAGCUAACGAUGCGGGUUCGAUUCCCGCUACCCGCUCUAAAUUCUAAAUUGUCCCCUUUUUAUUAGAGACAAUUUUCUCUAUUAGAAUUGUCUAAAAGGUCUUAUAAGCAGGUGCUCAUAAUCUAUGAUGAUUCUGCUUGUACGAGGCAUAUGAAAGAGAACAAUACAUCUUCAUUCACGGAGAUGAAGUAACUGAAUCAAUAAUAGCAUAGGAAUUUGGAAGUUUAAUGUCUUUCUAUUUAUUUAUUUUUUGGUUGUCGUUUUCUUUUUAUGGUUAAAUAAAUCAGAGUUUAGGGUUUUGCACUUAGGAUAGAGUUUCAUUGAAAUUUGAUGAUUAAUGUGAGAUUUACUUGCCAUCCGAAUUACAUGUUAUGCCCUUAAACAAUUAUAUUUUUAUAAUAACAUAGAAAUAUUUCAUACACCGUAAUAUGCUUGCUAUACAUGAUGCAAUUCACUCCAUAAUCCUUCUGAUUUGUUUUAUGCCUUUUAAAAGAAGAGACCUGUUGAGGCGACAUACCUCCCUGUUAGAUUCAAGCUAACCCCAAGGAAAGCAGCAUUACACUAGAACUAUCAGUUAGACUAUCUCCAUUAAUUGAUCAUAUAUAGCUCUAAUCAGACAUUGUAUACAGCUACAAGGUAGAAGAAUCAGGAGCCACAAGCCGCUGCCUUCUUUUAACAAAUCUUCUUUCGUAAUAUUCAGUACAAAAGAGAGACGUGAUUUUGAUUCUAAGUAAACUCUUUAAGUGUGGCACAACAAAUAACCCUGAAGAGCAGGAAACACUUAAAAUAGAAGCUUAAUCAAAUCAUCUGUGUUCCAAAAAAAAUAAAAAAUCAAGUCAUCCCUAGCUUUGAGACAAUGACAUACGGAUGUCUUGGUUUCGUAUACCUGUCAGUGGACCGAAAUAUAUUUGAUACUAUGGCACACGUGUCGACAACCAGAAUUCAAACUCAAACAAUUUUGCUAAACAUCUCCAUUAACCAUAGGACCUAGAAUCAGAGAGACAGUUUACAGACCUUCAAGGUAGACGAGUUAGGUGCAUGCUGAAGCAUUUUAACUGCAAGUCAUCAAGUAUUCCAUGUUUUAUACUUCAAAUGUAAAUGCAGCAGCUCCUUAAUUCCUCUUUAGGUGUUUUCCGUAUUAACUUGACCAUUCGUUUUCAGUCACCUUCACCAUGUAAUAACUCCACCUU